CCUCUUACAUCAAACCAAACUCACUUGUUAGUUAACUUGUUUUUCACUUUCUUUUUCUUUUUUUUUUUAAAAAUAAUAAUUAAAAAACAAGAAACAAGAAACAAGUGAUUAGCUAAGCUAGUAGAGGUUGCAAGCCAACCUCAUAGCUAUAAUCUUUCCUUUCAUUUUCCUCUAAACUUUUUUUUUCUCUUUGCAUCAGUAUGGAGGCUGUGAGUAGUCUAAGUUCUUCAUCUGUUAUAUCAAAAACUGUCAUGAAAUUGACAAAGAAUUGGAGAUGGUGUCCUCCUAACAAGGUAUAUUGCCAAACUAGUGGUACAAAAAAUGGGAAUGUUUCUUCUGUUGUAACAGAGAGAUCAUCGGUUAACUCGGAAAAAACUUUAGGAAGUUUGGUUUUGACUCCAAAUACUGAAAUUAAGGUGAAGGAUUUGGUGCCUUAUGGUCAGCCAAGGCAUGAUGAUGGUAUAGGCAUUACCAUGUUUCUGAGAGGGAAGGCAUUUCUCAUUACUGGUGCAACUGGUUUUCUGGGAAAAGUUCUUAUUGAGAAGAUCUUAAGGACAACACCUGACGUGAACAAAAUAUUCAUCUUGAUCAAGGCAAAGAACAAAGAAGUUGCUAUGCAGAGAUUGAAGAAUGAAAUCCUCAAUGCUGAUAUAUUCAAUUGCCUCAAACAAGUCCAUGGGAAAUCUUAUCAGACUUUCAUGUUGAGCAAGUUGGUACCUGUGUUAGGAAAUGUUUGUGAAGCUAAUCUUGGAAUCGAUCAAGACACAGCCAACAUGAUGGCGAAAGAGGUUGACAUAAUUGUAAAUUCUGCUGCCAAUACCACUUUUGAUGAAAGGUAUGAUAUAGCACUUGAUAUAAAUACUGGAGGACCUACCCGCCUUAUGAACUUUGCAAAACAAUGUCACAACCUUAAACUCUUUCUUCAAGUAUCCACAGCAUAUGUUAAUGGACAGCGACAAGGUAGAAUUAUGGAAAAGCCAUUCUGCAUUGGAGAUAGUAUAGCAAAGGAGAAUCUUCUCUCUGAAGUUAAUCCGAACUCCUUCACCUCAUUGAAUGUUGAAGAUGAGAUAAAGUUAGUUUUGGAGUCUAAACAAGGUUUAGAAGAUAAUUCAGUUGCUCAGAAAAUGAAGGAGAUUGGUUUACAGAGAGCUAACAAAUUUGGGUGGCAAGACACUUAUGUAUUCACAAAGGCAAUGGGAGAGAUGAUGAUAGAUAGCAUGAGAGGUGAUAUUCCUGUAGUAAUUAUUCGACCAAGUGUCAUUGAGAGCACCUACAAGGAACCAUUUCCUGGAUGGAUGGAAGGGAGCAGGAUGAUGGAUCCAAUCAUCUUGUACUAUGGUAAAGGGCAGCUCACAGGGUUUCUUGUAGACCCUAAUGGAGUUCUUGAUGUGGUUCCAGCUGACAUGGUUGUGAAUGCAACCUUGGCAGCCAUGGCAAAACACGGUACAGAAGGAAAACCAGGUAGUAGUAAUGUUUACCAGGUUGCUUCAUCUGCUGUAAAUCCAUUAGUCUUCAAGGACCUGGCCAGAAUGCUAUUUGAUCACUUCAACCGUUCACCCUACAUUGACUCCAAAGGAAGACCAAUUCAUGUUCCAAAAAUGUCGCUGCUCAGAUCCAUGGAGGACUUAUCAUCCCAUCUAUGGCAAGACGCCAUUAACAGAAGUGGCAUAACAGAUUUGACCGAUCCAAAUGGAAAGUUGUCCAGGAAACUUGAGAACAUCUGCAGGAAGUCAGUGGAGCAAGCAAAGUACCUGGCUAAUAUUUAUGAACCCUACACUUUUUAUGGAGGAAGAUUUGACAACAGCAAUACUCAGAGGUUGAUGGAAUGCAUGUCUAAAGAAGAAAGAUGGCAAUUUGGAUUUGAUGUAGAAAGCAUAGAUUGGAAAGAUUAUAUCUCUAAUGUCCACAUUCCAGGGCUAAGGAAGCAUGUAAUGAAAGGAAGAGGAUCAUGCACUUAGUCUCACUCUGCUCCUUUAUGUUUCUGCAUCUUAUCUUACUGUAAUACAAGCAUACAACUGUUGGUUUUACUUUUACUUUUUUUCUUCCCGAAAGACUUGUGAUUUCCGGACAAGAUCAUCUUUAACAAGAACUUCCUGAUAAUCACUGAUGUAAUAUCAUUUUCAAUAUACUAUAUUAAUAAUAUCAUAUCAAAGUGA